AUGUUGAAAAUAAGGUUUAAAUUGAUUAUAAGCGAAAUAGAGAUUAAUGAAGAAUAUGUCAGAAGAAAAAGGAAUGAUGGGGAAAAUAUAAUAGAAAAGGAAUUUAAUAUAAAUGAGAGUGAGGAUGUUGUACUUUAUGAAGGACUAAAAGAUGAUGAAAAUAUAAUUGAAAGAAUGGAAAUAGCUUAUGAACUAAAUGAAAAAGAAAAGAUAUUCAAACAGAGAUAUGGGAAAAAUAUGACUAUAUGUUAUGGAUGUACAAUGAUGAUAAAUGUAGAAAAAGAGAGUGAAGAAUUAUUGUUAAUGGGAAAAGAAUUUAGGAGUUAUUGUAUAGAUUGCGAAAAAGAAGGAAUAGAUAUAAUGGAUAAUGAAUUAAAUUAUAAGAAUGAUGAUGAUAAUAUGGAAAUGGAUAAUGAGGUAUUACAAGAAGAAAUUGAUGGUAGUGGAAGUGAAAUUAGUAUUAGUGGAAAAAGUAGUAAUGAAAGAAAAAGAAAAAGACCUGAAAAAGAAGUCAAUAAUACUGAAAGAAGUAACAGAAAAAAGAAAAUAAGAAUAGAAGAUGAGGAAUCAUCAGAAGAAGAAGUAUUAGAAAAUGAAACAGAAGCAUUUAGAAAGUUAUUAGAAAAUUUGAAUAUGCCGGUAGUAGAAGAACAAUUAAUAGAGAAAGAGAAUGUUGGGGAUACGACAUUAGAAGGAUUAUUCAUUAGAGCAGAAAAAGGAAGUCAAGAGCUAGUAAAAUAUUGGUUUGAUGUGGGCGAAGAAUUUAGAAAUGAAAUUAGGAAGAUAAAAGGUAAAACCAGUAAGAAAGAGAAAAUAAUAAGAAGUGAUAUUUACAAUAGAAUGGAAAAGAAUUUGAAAGGAUGA